ACAAACAAAAAUUUUAUUAUUAUUCAUAUUGAAGUUAUUCCAUAAAGGCCGUGAAGCAGACGAGCAGAAGUCGAGAGUGGCGUGGAAAUAAACCGACAGAGUAGCCUACUUAGACUACACCACUGAUUUCCUUUACUGUUAAACACCACUGAGGGAAGCAGGGGGUUAAGUUUUCCUCUCUUCCGUUUAUCCCUCAUAAUGGGAUGUGCCACCGAGUCGCUGUGCUGGUCUGAGCUACAGCAGGUCAACAUAUUCAGCGCAAGAGGCGGCGCAUCAUGGGCCGAGCCUGUUCGCAGUGAAAUGAGUCGAGGACUGCGCGCUGCGGAGUGCUUUUCAUUUCACUCUGCUCUGGCUGACCGCCUCGCACACUGAUAUGGCGACACGUGGAUUUCUGUGGGCGCGAGGACCUACCGGCCACAGUGUGGAUUAACUGGUGGUCUCGCGCGGGACUCGGCGAUGCGUUCGUUAAAGGAAACAAAUUCCGCAGAUAUCCGGAAAACGCAUCCAUGCGCCACGGCCGCUCCGCAUCCCGAUGUGCUCGUGACGAUACAAAGCCUGGCUUCAAGGAGCUUUCAUGGCACGUCGGCGUGGGUGCGUCCACGCGGUUGUUUUGCUCUUCUUUGCGCGUGAGGCUUCGGAGCGCAGCUGUGCAAUGAGACAAUCGGGAAUUAUCAAGUAGACUUUAUUGAUACAUAAUCCGACAAUAUGGCUGAUCAGAGCAACAUCCAGUCCGCCGCAUCCAAGAGUAUCCGGCCCUUUAAAUCCAGCGAGGAAUACCUGUAUGCCAUGAAGGAGGAUCUGGCUGAAUGGCUUAACACCCUGUAUGAUCUGGAUAUCACUGCGGACACCUUUAUGGAAGGGCUGGAGACGGGCUGUGUCCUCUGUCGGCACGCCAACAACGUGAACCGCGCUGCGCACGAGUUCCAGCUGGAGUAUCCCGAAGCUGCACAGUCCAUGAAGCUGCCAUCUAAAGAUGUCGUCUUCCAGUUUCGCAAUGUUGUCCCCGGCUCGUUUGUGGCGCGGGACAACGUGUCCAACUUCAUCACCUGGUGCAGGCAGGAGCUCUGGAUCAAAGACGUCCUCAUGUUCGAGACCAACGACUUGGUGGAGAAAUGCAACGAGAAGAAUUUCGUUCUCUGUCUCCUUGAGGUGGCGCGACGUGGGUCCAAGUUCGGCAUGCUGGCCCCCAUGCUGAUCCAGCUGGAGGAGGAGAUCGAAGAGGAGAUCCGGGACCAGGAGAGCCUGCGGAUCGAUGAAGGGGAGCCAGCUAAGCAGAGCUCGCCCAGCAGGUGUUUCAGCCGGAAGGAGAGCAGUAAGAGUGUGGAGGAUGAAGAGGAGCCAGAUCCAGAGCCCUUCAUCUGGCAGCAGAAGAGAGUUUUAUGUGACAUGCGAAAUCUGGAUGAACUGGUUCGGGAGAUUUUGGGGCAGUGUUCCUGUCCAGCUCAGUUUCCUAUGAUCAAGGUGUCAGAGGGGAAGUACAAAGUGGGGGACUCCAGCGCACUGAUCUUCAUCAGAGUCCUUCGUACCCAUGUGAUGGUGCGUGUCGGAGGGGGCUGGGACACAUUAGAGCACUAUUUGGACAAGCAUGACCCGUGCCGUUGUGCUGCUUUCGCCCACCGCUACCAUCAGGCUAAAGCUAGUGGCCAAGGUCAGGGAGCCCAGAGCAAGUCCUCGAGCGCCCACUCCUCCCGCUCCACCAGCCCGGGUCCACACUGGCGAAAUGAUGGCAUCGCUCCCUAUAAACCUUCUGACAGGCGGUCCCUGGAGCCCCACUCUGCUCAGUGUGCCUCGUCAUCUUCCUCUGCACGAGCAGGCCGAUCUCAGAACUCUUUAGAGCUCGACUCUGGCGCAGCACGUAGUCUUCUCCCAAAGCCGCCAAGAGAUCGCUCAGAGCCCCGCCACUUUAAUCCUCUCAGGAAUAAGGAGACGAUUACACCACUAACAAGACGUCUGUCUGGUGACAGUGACUCCUCUACGGCCUCCUCUAAGGGAGGAGGAGGAGGAGGCGGAGGGCGCCAGUCUCUUGGGGGUGCUUCACGGCGCUCUGGUGAAGAAGUAGUGCUGCUUGUCAAUCGUAAAGAGGGGAAACAUAUGAUCGAGAGGCCUGUAGCCGGAAAUCAGAGCCCAUCCCUGCGUCCCUCACUCCCUCGUGCACGCAGCCAGUCACGGGAACGCUCUGCACUCACGCCGAUACUCAAACCCAACCCACCUCAAGAUUCCUCUGAAGGAGUGCGGAUGCCUCGAACAGAAAGGGGCCGCUCUCUUGGAAACGAGGGCCCAAGGAGGCUUCUCGGUCCACGAUCCCACAGCCAGAGUAAGUUAACCAGCCGUACUCGGUCCAGUGAUGCCAGCCCAGGACCCGCUCUCUCCUACAGAGAUCCUCAGCCUCCACCUUCAGAGAGACGAGAAGACCUUCGAGCCAAACAACUGCCCCCAUCCUCUCCGAGAAUGGCUGCUGGGUUUUCCAAAAGGCAAUCGUCCUCAUGCUCUAACUCACCUGUUAAAGGGGUCCAGAGUAACAAUAGCAGUAGUCCCAGCAAGAAGACCAUAACUACUCCCAGACCUCCUGCCCCUCGCUCACCCUCCGUAGGAAAAGGCAGAUUGUUGCCACCUGUGACAUCAGGGGGGCGGCGUUCACCACACUCAUCUCCUCGCAACUCUCAUCAUCAUGCCGCCCGCUCCUCUCGGACCUCACAGGGCUCCCGCUCUGCUGGGAGAGGCCACUAUAAGAACGCAUCCGGUCUGGAAUGCCAGGAACCUGAGGAGGAAGGGCUGGGCUUUGGCUUCCCGUUGCUGCCAGCGCUAGACCCCCAGAGGGAGCAUGAUCUUUAUCGCAGCUUUGAGGCUGAGUAUCUUGCCAAUACACAGCAGGCUAGAGCAGUGUCUAAUAAAGCUCCUGGUGGAAUCACCUUGCAGCGAGCUGGGACGCAUCCGGCGGCAGUACUCACUGAUCCUAAUGUCACUGACUCUGCCUAUUCCUCUUCCAACUCAUCCACCUCCUCCUUGAAUGUGGGGGCCAAGAUGGGAAAUCUUCCUGACCUCAGGGAAUCCAAGAGAACUAAUCCUCGUCACUUCCCACUGGAGGACCCCUUAAAUUUACUUUCUGGACACAAUUUUGGGGGACCACACAACUUUGGUCAAAGAGAGCCUGAACACUGGGGGGAGUGUGGAGGGGGUCACAAGAAGCUCCCAGCUAUCUCCAGCUCCAUGGAAGAGAGAGAAAUCCCUUCUUCCUUGCCUGGGCUUCAAGACACAGAGUCAGAUAGUUUGAUGAAUGACAUUUCCCCGCAACCUGCUUUUCAAUGUGGGAAUAUGAAUGGAGAACAUGGAUGUUCUCCUCCUGAAGGGGGGAUGAUAGAUCAACAGGAUCCUCUUGGUUGGACCACACAGCCUGAAGGAGAUGUUCCACUGGAAAAUCACCAGCCCGACUUACCUUAUGACAUGGAAAAUGGUGACGGGAGUGUUGACCUCCCAGGCCCUGAGGAUUGUCCAUCAUCUCUGCCCCUUCCCCUCUCUGAGGACUGCUCCUUCCAGGAUUCCUCAAGUGAAAACUCUUCCAUGUGCUUCAGCUUGAGCGAAUCCCGCUCAGAGUCCCCUCCACCAAAUUUGCCCUUGACUAACGGGGACGCUGAUGGAGAAAUGCUGGAGACUAAGAAAGGGCCAAAGAGAGCAAACAGGCUUGACCCAAUCCCUAAGCACAAACUGGGGGGCCGGUUCAGGCCUCGCACUGACAACAGGCCCGAAAACGGCCCCUCGCGCAUACCCACCCCCGUCAGCUACAGAGACCUGCAGGCGAACAACACUCUGUCCCCCUGCCACACCCCACCGCUGUCUCCUCAGAGCUCCCAUCCUACCAGUCGCCAAGCCACAUGCAAGGGCCUGCACCAGGCCUUCGCUGAUAUGAUCCAUCCUCAUCCUCGUUCCUCAGCCAUGGGCAACAAAGACUGCGCCUACCCUACACAGUCAGGCAGCGUGGACACUGAAGCUUGGAUGUAGCACAAAACGAAACUGUGGGUAGUACACGGGAGGGGGUUGUUGUCAUGAACUUUAACUACUGUGUUUAAAAAAGAGAAAACAAAAAACCCAACAAGAUAAAAACGGGCUACAGACAGUUUUUACUGCAUGUCAAACGCUCCUUUUUUUCUCCAUUUAGGUUCUCCCCUGAAUAACUGCAGGGCUUCACAUUGCUUUUUUUGCACUCAAGCCAAAUUAUUUAUUACCAAAGGAAUGGUCUUUAUGUUACUGUAAUUUUUAAUUUUAAUGUGUGCAUGGGGAUGCUUUUGCCAAUCUUUUAUUUUUUUUAUAAGUCACUAGUGAAAUUCUCACAGUUGAUACACAGAAAUAGAAAGAGAGAGCAUAUGUGCUGCCAUGUGCCUCACUAAGGGGGCAUGGUAAAGUGCCAGGGCUUUAAAGCUGCAAGUCUAGAAACGAUGUAAACACUAGUCCUUGAGUCAUGCAGACUGGCUCCCUCUUGUGGUUUGCCAUAGCACUUCUGCUUGCCUUAUAGUGAAAAUACUGGCAUGAUGACUGUGAUGUUUUCAGUCUGUCCACAUUAGUGGUAUUCAUAUAUGACUCACUAUACUCACAUUACAGUAAUCAGUAACAUAGACUAAGGUACACCCAUCUCUGGCUCUAUGAACAUUAUGCACACUACCAGUUUCUGUACAGUUGUUUCAUGUUAUUAUUUAACAGUGUCAGCUUUUCAUAAUAAUAAGCUGUUCUAGACAAGAUAGAUGCUUUUUGUUUGAAUGCUUAAUGUCUUACCGGUUUUUAAGAUUUUGUUUAAUGCAGUAAAAUUUUAAAAAGUUUAAUUUAAAUGCAUUGAGUGUACAACAAAAAUAUGAGGAGCAUGGGGGAAGGUUAUAUUACUUUAUAUAGUUGUCGCUGACAUUUUAAAUAUUGAGUUCCUCCUCUGACCAAACUGUACUCUGGAAUUAAAUGCUAAGGAGAAUGAAUGUGUAAAUACAUGCUGAGAGUGGGUAUUUUGUAAAGACAAGGCUUGGAAUAUACAGUCUAAUGUACAUAUUCACUGUAUUCAGUUCUUAGCUAUGCAAUACUGGUGUUGAAAAUGCCUUGAAAAUUCCCUUUGCCUUAAACAAUUUUUCACAGGUUACAUUUUUUUUUUAAAUGUUUUUAGCUAAACAUCACUAAAAUCUGUUAGGUAACACUACAUUGCCAUCUUUAACUGUUUAUAAUAAUUAGAAAGUUUGGGUGUGAAUGUGAAGGAGAAAAAAAAAAGCAUUACCAGCCAGUUUCAUUUAUAAGUUAUACCCGAGGUGGAUGUGCAAAUAAUGAAAACCAUAUAUAUGAUGUAUUUCCUCUGAAUUCCCUCGGUUGUUUAUCGCCUAUUUAACAGAUGGAUUUCAAUAAUGUGGCGCAAUUUAUGGUGACAUCUAGUGGCAAAAAAAGAGAGAAAUGUUUUAUUCAGUGGUAGAAAAUGUUGUUUUGAUAUGAUACUGAAAUGUCCUGGUGCUGAUUAGAGCCAAUAAUGGUCUGGUAUGACAUGGUAAGGUUUGAUAGAUGAAGACUGACUGGCUUUAACUCGAGUGUCUGCAUGUGUGCAGGGGUGCAUGAAUAAUGGAUGCUGUAACUGGAUACUGAGCCUACUUUGUGAAGCUCUCACACAAUUGUCAUCAAUAUGACAAGCCAGACUCCAGCUACAGAGCCUACAUUACUAGCUUUUUGGUAUUUAGCAUGUGUUGAAGGGUGUAAAGUUGGAAAGCGGUAUACUGUUUAGUGGGCUCCAGAAACCAUAGAAUCUCAAGAGCUUCUGGAUUUGAGCGAAGGAAAAACUGAUAUUAAUAUUUAAUGAUUGUUUCCCACACAAUGUGGAGGCAAGGAAAAGAAAAUGUUGAUAAAAUUGUUUUUGCUGGACACCAACAGAGCAUGGCCUGGGAAAGGAGAGUGUGUAUAUCUUUGUGUACAUACUGUAUGGGAAUAUGUACAGAUUUGAAGUAAAGAGGGAAGUAGUGCUGGUCUAAUUUAUUUAUUUAUGAAAUCAUCUUUCAUGGGCUCAAGUGACAUCUGUUUCCCAAGUUCGAGACGACAGACAGAAUCAGUGGAAAUGUUGUCAGUUAAAAAUGAGAGUGAUUUGAAGGCAAAGUGAACUUAUUUAUGUGUCCCAUCUCUUAAAGAUACAGUAAUUUUAUCAUGCGCUGACUCCUCACUGCUACAAAUGAUUCAUGAUGUAUCAGUAUUGUUAAAGCGACAUUGAUUGCAAUAUGUAGCCAGUGGGCAGUUUAGCGUGUAUAAACACAUUAUAACAUGUACUCUUAAUUCUUUUCAUUUUACAUUUGUUUUGGCUUGUUCGAACACGUAUUUGGUGUUUUAAAUGUACAGGCUAACUGAGCCAUGACUUCUACAAUCUUAAAACGAUUGAUUGUCCUAAUCCGCUCUUUCUGCCUACACGGGAUUUUAUGAAACGCUCAUUCCUCCGUAUCCCCAAUCAGCGAAAUCCGAAUGUUUGUGAUCAGAUGCCAUUUUCACUAAAACUUUGGUUAAAUGUACAGAUUGCUUGACAUUGUGGAAUUUUUGUGUAUGAAAUAGCAAUACUGCAAUGUUUCACUUUUUUUUUCUGAAUUUGAAAAUGCUGUCAAGUUGUUCUUGUAAUAAAUCUUUUGCUCUGAAGCUUA